UCCACGCACCCGGGUUUUUUUAAUAAAAAAAGGAGAAACCGCGCAAAUGCGAGCAGCGGCGCCCUUCCGCGCGAAGCCAUGGCGGACGCGCCGCCGCUGACCUCACCCCCGGCGGCGCCCGCCGGCGAAGGCGGUCCAUCCACUUCCUCGGCCCCCGCAUCAGUCCCUCGCGCGCUCCCCCGCACGCUGCUCCUCGUCCCCCCGCCUCCUUCCUCCAGCGGGAGGUCCCGGGGCGCGCGCGGCGGCGGGAGGAGGAAAGCCGACGCGCAGCCUCCGGAUUCGGUUGGGGCGCGAGGGCGGAGGAUAGACAGGCUUGCCGAGGCGGUGAGGGUGGUCGGGAGGGACGUCGAGGUGGGGGUGGCGGGUGCCGACAUCCUGGAGCUGGCCAUGGCGAAGGGGCCCAUGUUUGCGUGGCUGAGCUACUGGCCGGAGGAAGGGUUCUCCAAAGAAGACCACCCCUACUGACGCAUGCCGCGUCACCUCUGCUUAGGUGCGAAGGACUUGUUGAUGGGUUCGUGUGGGAUUGCGAAGGCAAGGUAGACUAGAUUUUACUCCUUGUUGGUUGUUGGUAAUCGAGUAGUAGCUACUUGUUGCUCUGACUGUGACUGGUAGUGUUUGCACCUUUGUAAAAGGGAGAAAAUGUUGCCAGCUUCAAGCUCUGCACAGAGAAUUGACUUGUUUCAUGUAGAAUCUAUCCUUUAGAGAUUUUGAAAUGAAAUUGGCAGAACUUGAGGUCCCAAUCCUGCAAUCUCCAUGUUUUCAUAACUUGAGAGUACUAGACUGGCUAACUGGAAAUGUUCUCAUGUACAAUGCAGUGCCGUUCGAUUGA